AUGGCCGCACCGGCCGGCGCCGACGAGCCGUGCAGCGCAGCGCAGGCUUGCAGCAUGGCCGUGGUGUUCGACGCCGAGGUGCUGAGCCGGGAGGAGAGCAUCCCGGCGCAGUUCGUGUGGCCGCCCGAGGAGCGGGCGCCGGCCGCCGGCCUCGGGGUGGAGGAGAUGGACAUCCCGGUGGUGGACCUCGCCGAGUUCCUCCGCGGCGGCGGCGAGCUCCCGGUCGGCAUGGCGGAGGCGUGCGAGCGGCACGGGUUCUUCCAGGUGGUGGGCCACGGCGUGGGCGCGGAGCUGAUCGCCGAGGCCUACCGCUGCUGCGACGCCUUCUACGCGCACCCGCUCGCCGAGAAGCAGCGCGCGCGGCGGCUCCCCGGCGAGAGCCACGGCUACGCCAGCAGCUUCACGGGCCGGUUCGACUCCAGGCUGCCGUGGAAGGAGACGCUCUCGUUCCACUGCCCCGCCGCCGCCGCCGCGCCGGGGAGCGCUGGCGGCCGCGCCGUGGCCGACUACAUCGUCGGCGUCCUCGGCGAGGAGUACCGCCACAUGGGGGAGGUGUACCAGGAGUACUGCGACGCGAUGACGCGGCUGGCGCUGGACGUCACGGAGGUGCUGGCGGCGGCGCUGGGGCUGCCGGACCGCGGCGUGCUGCGGGGCUUCUUCGCCGGCGGCGACUCCGUCAUGCGGCUCAACCACUACCCGCCGUGCCGGCAGCCGCACCUGACGCUGGGGACGGGCCCGCACCGGGACCCGACGUCGCUGACGCUGCUGCACCAGGACUGCGUCGGCGGGCUGCAGGUGCGCGCCGGCGGGGACGGCGGCGGCGGCGGCGAGUGGCUCGCCGUGCGGCCCCGCGCGGACGCGUUCGUCGUCAACAUCGGGGACACCUUCGCUGCGCUCACCGACGGGCGCCACGCCAGCUGCCUCCACCGCGCCGUCGUCAGCGGCGGCGCCGCCCGCAGGUCGCUCGCCUUCUUCCUCAACCCGCCGCUGGACCGCGUCGUGUGCCCGCCGGAGGCGCUCCUCCCCGCCGGCCGGCCGCGCGCGUACCCGGACUUCAAGUGGCGCGAGCUCCUCGAGUUCACGCAGAAGCGCUACCGGUCGGACGCCAGCACCAUGGACGCCUUCGUGUCGUGGAUCGCGCGAGGCCGCGGCGACGGCGGCGGCGGCGGCCAUGACCAUGGCGGACAGGAGGAGGAGAAGUGA